AAAAUACUGGUUCAAUUUAUUCUCACUGGGGACUGGGCUUUGGGUAAAGGAAAUGCUACUGCCAGCUCCAAUCAACCGAUCCAGUGGCUAAUGCUAGCAGCGGUGGUGGAACCCGGAGGAACAAUACACCAUCUACGACGUCGUAUCAUAUCCGUACAUACUGUGCAUAGUUUAGUUUACAACUGGGUUAGGGUUUUGCAGUGAUUAGCAAAUUGCCAUCGUCGUUGAGGUGUUGGUAGGUUAGGUUUGGUUCUCGCGAUCAAUCAAUUCAAAUUAUACAAGGCCAAACUCAAACCCAGAAUUCGGCAGGGGAAGGGCCAAAUUCACCGAUGGGGAAGCCUCUUUGCUAUGAUGCUGGAAAUGCAGAAGUUUCUCAAGGUUUGAUCAAUAGGCUUUACAGUGACUUCUCCGAUGGCAUUCAUUUUGCAACACCAGUUUCUUCCUUGAGGACGAAUGAACUUGACUUGGUUCGGAGUGUGUUGCAAAUGUUGCAAGGAUUUUCUAGCUCACUAUUUUAUUGGGACCAAAAUGGAAAGUCUUUUCAAGUCAAAAGUGGGUUACAUGUGAAUCACCUCUCUCAUACAAGUCUUCACGCCAUUGUCCAUCAAUUUAUGUAUGCUGCAACGUGCUUACAACUGGUGGAAGUUUUAGUCAAUAAAAUUGAGAAAUCUGCUAAAUUACCACCGCCUACUUUGAGGGCUUUUGCGUGUUCUGUUUCUUCAUGGCUUACGAGGUUGCGCGAUAUUUCUUUAAAGGAGGAAAUGAAGAUAAGCAAUGAUGCCGUUGGAACAACUCCAACGCUAUUGGGGUUGGCCAAUUCUUUAUCUAGUCUUUGCUCAGGUGCUGAGUAUUUGUUGCAAAUAGUGCGUGGUGCCAUCCCCCAAGUGUAUUUUGAGUCUAAUUCUUCUCUUCCUGCUGCUGACUUGGCUGUGCAUGUCCUUGACCAUAUUUACAAGAAGCUGGAUGAAGUGUGUCUUGUGCGAGGUCGUGAGGAGGAAGACUACAAGAUGCUACUUCAUUUAUUUAUUGGAAGUAUAUUGCCAUAUAUUGAGGGUCUUGAUUCUUGGCUUUUUGAAGGAACACUAGAUGAUCCAUAUGAGGAGAUGUUCUUUUAUGCUAAUAGAGCAAUAUCUGUUGAUGAGGCUGACUUUUGGGAGAAAAGCUAUCUAUUGAGGCAAGUACAGUGUCAAAUGUUAGAUGUUGGGGCCUCUGCCUCAUCUUGUGCCAGUGACCGCAUAUCAGUAGCAAAUGAUAAAAAGGGAGUGGGCCAAAGGGAAUCCAUCUCAACGUCUAGUUUUAUGAAAGGAAAGGAAUGGAACGAUAAAGACCUUCAGUCGUGUCCACUGUUUAUUAAGGACAUAGCUAAGUCUAUUGUUUCUGCUGGAAAAUCAUUACAGCUGAUCCGGCAUAUUCCCAUGACAUCAGCAGUUGUAUCUAGAAAAGGAAAUGACUGUGAGAUUGAUGGUUUUAGCAGUUUGGAUAAAGGUGUUCUAUAUGGGCAUAGCAUUGCAGGCUUAACUUUGUCAGAGGUUUUCUGUGUGUCAUUAGCAGGCCUUAUAGGCCAUGGUGAUCAUAUUUUUCAAUAUAUUUACGGUAAACAAAAAGUGGAGAGUGAUGAUGGUGUAAUUGUGCCAGUAAAACGCUCAGAGAAAAUUUGGUGUAAGUUCUUGGUUGAUACGCUGGCAGAGAAAAGGUUGGUUGAUACUCAAUCUGCACAUGAGGAUGGAAAAACACUUCCUGAUGCAAAGGCAGAGAAAAUGCUUGCAGGUGUUGUAAAUGAAUUUCCUCUUUCAAGAUCCUUCUGUCAAGAAAAUCCGGUUUUAACAGUCUGCCAAAAGACCCUUUCUAAGAAUGGGGAUGCAUGGAAAACGUUGAACUUAUCUAGAAAUUUAUGUCUGCCUCCUUUAAAUGAUGAAGUUUUGCGAAAGGCUAUAUUCGGUGGGGAGAGUGGAUCGAUUUCUGCAGCUGAAGGAACAAAUUAUACUUUUGGUUUCCGGUUUGGUGAAUCUGAAUAUCUUCGUUCACAAGACGACUCACAUAUGUUACAAGUGUUGUUUCCUUUUCCUACUCUUCUUCCUUCUUUUCAGGACGAGCUCCACAUGUCAGAGCUCUUACCUUUCCAGAAAAAUAGCACCCUUCCAUCAAGAGUUCUUACCUGGGUUCAGCAGUUUGAACCAAGAAGUACUCCACUUCCGGUGGUUUUAGUGCAGGAAUGUCUUACGGUGUACAUCCAGAAGCAGGUGGAUUGUAUUGGCAGGCAUAUAUUGUCAAAAUUGAUGAAUGGUUGGAAAUUGAUGGAUGAACUGGCAGUGCUGCGCGCCAUUUACUUGCUAGGGUCAGGUGAUCUGCUACAGCACUUCUUGACUGUAAUUUUCAAUAAGCUGGAUAAGGGAGAAACAUGGCAUGAUGAUUUUGAGUUAAACACGAUAUUGCAGGAAUCUAUAAGGAACUCUGCUGAUGGUGUGCUACUAAGUGUUCCUGAUUCAUUGAUUGUAUCCCUCACCAAAAAUCAUGACUUGAAUGGCAAUGAGCAACCACCUAAUAUGGCUUCACUACCCUCGACUCCUCGUAAAAGUCGUGCUCACAGCUUUGGAAUGGAUGGACUUGAUCAGCUAAAAUUUACGUAUAAGGUCUCUUGGCCACUUGAACUUAUUGCAAAUGCGGAGGCAAUCAAGAAAUAUAACCAGGUGAUGGGAUUCUUGUUAAAGGUCAAGCGAGCAAAAUUCGUACUUGAUAAAACUCGAAGGUGGAUGUGGAAGGGUAGAGGCACUGCAGCAAACAAUCACAAGCGUCACUGGUUAGUGGAGCAGAAACUUCUCCAUUUUGUGGAUGCUUUUCACCAGUAUGUGAUGGAUAGAGUAUAUCACAAUGCAUGGCGUGAACUUUGUGAAGGCAUGACAGCCGCUCGAUCUCUUGACGAAGUCAUAGAAGUACAUGAAUUGUACUUGUUGACAAUUCAGCGGCAGUGCUUUGUAGUUCCAGAUAAGCUGUGGGCUCUCAUAGCGAGCAGGAUUAACAACAUCCUGGGAUUAGCAUUGGACUUUUAUUCUAUACAGCUGACACUUAGUGGCGGAACAGUUUCUGCAAUUAAGGCCAAAUGUGAAAUGGAAGUUGACCGUAUUGAGAAACAGUUCGAUGAUUGCAUUGCUUUCCUGCUCAGAGUGCUUUCUUUCAAGCUCAAUGUGGGGCACUUUCCUCAUCUAGCAGAUUUGGUAACUAGGAUAAACUACAAUUACUUUUACAUGUCAGAUAGUGGAAACCUCAGGACUCUCCCCAGCUCUGAAAAUGUUACUUCGAGACUGGGAAAGGCUUUUCUAGGCAGAACAGACUGAUAACAGUUGAGGAUUUCGUUUCUUUAUUAAUUUUCAAAUAAACCAUUAAAGCCCUCCACAUGCAAUUUCUUUCAAGCCUCUCA